AUGACGAGUCAUCAAGUGAAAAAUCAGGUCAGAGACAGUUUUGAGCAAGGCUUCGACAGCCUGCACAGUGUUGCUGAUGUCGUGACUUUCCCUCUGGCCCCUCUGGACGGUGCCAUCCAUGGCACUUCCCGAGGGGUCCUCAACUGGCUCACAGAUACCCAUCCUGAAGAUAGAUCCAACUCCAAGCAAAAGGGUCUUCCCAACGGUGGCGGCUACGGCGGUGGACAGGGCAGCGGUUACGGCGGCGGAAACGGCAGAAAUGGGGGAGGAUAUCCUCUGGGUAUUAAUCCCAACCGCAAACUUGUCACUGUCAAAGGGAAUCAAAUUAGUGACAACAACGCCGACGCUCAGGCAUUUAACAACUUCGCCAACAAGUAUAACGGGGGCUACAACGGUCAUAACUACCACGACAACGGGCAGGGAUUUAACAACUCCGGCAACCGGAAUAACGGGGGCUACAAUGGUCAGAACCACGACGAUGAUGACGAUGAAGACGACGCUAUUUUCGGAUUUGAGGAUAAUAAAAUCAGUGGGAACAAGGGUAAGGUGAAAGGCUUUAACGACUUUGGUAACCAGUACUUCUGA